AUGACAACAGGACUGGCAGACUACUAUAUCCACAUUAGAAUAUUUUGGUUGGUAGUUAUUGUAACCAUUGUCGCACUAAUUUACAGACACAGGAAUAAGAUAGGAUAUAAAAUAAGAGAAUCUGUAAUAUUAAUCCGGAAUAGAUUUGGGGGCCAUAUAAGUUUAAAUAAUUCAUUCACUGACGAUUUAGAAAGCGGUCUAGCUUCCAGACAUUUUGACAUCAUCUCCCAAAAUAGACAUGAUGACAGGGGCGGACUGGAUGCCAAAGCUAAAGACGAAAUAAAAGCAAUUAUGGAAACUGAACAUCUGACAUUUGACAAAGCUCGUCUACUUUACACUGAGCGGAAAUUUGGUCAGAAUGGUAUUGCACCUGAUGGCACUCCAAUAGACCCGAAAGCGGUAACAUUCGGAUCUUAA